UGUGUGUGUGUGUUGCCUAUCAUCGAGCAUUAAAUUUUUUUUAGUUUCUCGGAUGCUUCGGAAACGAGAUGACGGAACGGCUCGAUUUACGUUCUUAAUCCGAUAUAAAUAAUUGUUCGCGUUGAUUAUCGUCAUCGGUCGUUGAAGAUGUUACGAAGAUGCGUUUGUGCAUAAACGUGCACGAAUAAGUGUCAUUAAUCAUCGAGAAGACGAAAGUAUGGCGCGUCCGAAGCACAAAGUUAGCCCUGACGUUUGCGCGGACUGUGGAGCUUUUGAGCCAGGAUGGGCAUCGAUAAAUAGAGCUAUUUUAUUGUGUGAUGAUUGCUGUGGAAUUCAUCGUAGUCUUGGACGUCAUGUGUCGCAUAUCAAGUCGCUACACAAGGAUGUUUGGAAUACGCAUUUGUUGAACAUGGUGCAUACCUUGAAUGACAAUGGUGCAAAUAGUAUUUGGGAGCACUCUCUACUGGAUCCUAGCAGCUUGAAGAUCAGCAGAAGAAAACCACAGGCCAAGGAUCCCUUACAUCCUGUGAAGGCAGAUUUUAUUAAGGCAAAGCAUCAACACCUAGCAUUUAUAUUACGACCAAGCAAGGAAGAAUGUUGUACCGAGGAGGAAUUAAGUAGACAGUUACAUAGCAGCGUUCGUACGAGUAAUUUAGAAACUUCAUUGAGACUAUUAGCACAGGGUGCUAAUUCUAAUUAUUUUUACAAGGAGAAAGGAACUACACCUUUACAUGUUGCGGCACGUGCUGGACAAAACCUCCAAGUGGAACUUUUAAUAGCUAACGGUGCAAAUUCAAGUGCGGUUGAUCUAAAUGGACAAUUAGCUGCCGAUAUUGCUAAAAUGGCAGGACAUAUAGAUUUAUCCGAGCGUAUAAUUGAAUGUAUGUAUGAAGUGACGGAUAGAUUGACAUAUCAUAUAUAUUCCCGUAAACCAAAUCAUCGAAACAAUGAACAUAUAAUUUCUGAUUUGACCUCUAGUUUAGACAAAAGUGAAGUAGCUUUGGAAGGAAGAAGUAGAUUACAAAUGUUAUCGAAUCACUUGUUGGAAGAAUUAGCCAUGGAUGUUUAUGACGAAGUAGAUCGCCGAGAAACUGAAAAAAUCUGGUUUUCAACUGCAUCUCUCCCAGAGAAAUGUGCCGUUCCAUUUCUACCGGUUAAUCCACAAUUAUCAUCUACUAGGAAUCAAGGAAGACAGAAAUUAGCAAGAUUUACACCAAAAGAAUUUACUAUACUUAUAGCAGAUCUACUGAUUGAGGCGGGUCGAAGACAUACGCUUGCCAACAAUGCAUUUCAAAAUCCCGUAAUAAAUAUGCUCCAUAAAGAGCAACUCGGCAAACAUGGAUCACAAAUGUCCGAUGAUGAACCUUUGUACGAUAGUGUCGCAUCCGACGAUGACUACACUGCUUUAACAUCUGUAGAGAAUACUUCAUCUGAUAUCACAAAAGAAAUUCAAAUUAAUAAUGAGGAGGUAUUUGUACCAUUGGCUAAAGGUCUUCCAUCUAUGAUAGAAGUUUUAAAAAAACAAUUAACUUUAUCUGAAUCAACUGUACGAGAUCUUCGCGAGCAGAUGUAUACUUUACAAACUACCAUCGAGCAACUCACUCAAGAGAACAACAAACUCAAACGUAUGCUACAGGUAAAAAGUUCUAAUGAUGAUAACAUAAACGGGCACGUCGGUGGAGAGCAAGAACCCGAAUUGGAGCCGGUGCACGAUAUCAAAACGUCCACUAUACGUGGAACUCAACGACCAGCGUCCAUGUACGAAACUAGAGAAGGCUUACGAAAACCAGGAUCAUGGUCCACGUCUAUUUGUCAAACGAAACGCGAUACCGAAGUCUUGUCGCGGAGCAACACACAGAGUUUGUGGGAGUACGGCGCCCCUAAUUUGCCGCCCAGCGAGGAGGUGACUCGGCGAACGGAACAGGUGACCAAACGGAUUCAGGAGCUGUGGAUGGCCAUGCAGGAUCCGAGUCAGCGAGAAGCUUUCGUCCCUUGUGCGGAGAGGAUCCGCGUCGCUGUUGCCGAGUUGACUGCCAUAUUUCCUCAGAAUCCGCUAGAGGAAAACAUCAAAUCUGCCUUACGUCAAUUGAACGGUAACACUGGGAGAUUGCAAGCUGAAUGCUCCGGUCUUCAAAGAUGCACCAGUGAUGCCGAACACAUGGAUCGUUGCCUGCAGCAAGUGCGUUCAUGCGCUUACGAUAUUGCCAAAGCAACAAAGCUACUUGUUACGCAGUUUCAAACAUAAGUCUUCCUUGAGAGGUCGCGGAAAAAGAUAUUGAGGAGAAUUAAUAUACAGGGUGUCCAAUUUUAAUCGAUCACCCCCAAAAAUUUUUUAUUUUGAUUGUACAACAAAAUGUGUUGAACAAAAGUUGUUUAUUUAAAAGGGAUCCUAUUUGAAAAAAGGCAUGUGACGCUUUAAUUGUUUUUCCGUGAUGCCGAUUGGUUCUUUCAAUGCACUUGUUCAUGCCUUGAGCAGCUGUCAUUUGUGUUAAUUUGCGGUUAUUUGCAAAUUGACAGUUUGCAUGAAAAGAAAUCUAAAAAUUAUUUAAGAUCUAAUUUAUUUAAGAAGUCUAUAAAUCAGUUGCACAGGAAGUCUCGCGAUAUAUGUGUGAUAAAAAAAUUAAAACAAUAUUAAUGGCGCGCGCGAAGCGCGCGCUUGUGUUGCUAGUAGAAGAUAACUUUUCUGAAGGAUGCUUUUCAAAGUAAUUUGAAGGUCAUUAUGUUUUUUUAAAUGGAAUAAUAAAAUAGCUUAUACUCAUAAUUUUU